AUCAGCUGUUGUUUGGCGCGGCUUUCUUUGUAAAGUACCUAAAUAUAAAUAAAUCUAAGCCAUACAAAUAUUACAACACUGUUUUUAAAAUGUCUGAAGAAUGGCAAGCGUAUAUUAAAGAUCCUAGAAAAGUAUGUAAGUAUGGUGCGAAUUGCUACCAAAAAAAUCCGGACCACCAUAAACAUUUUAAACAUCCGCCUAUAAACCAUAAAAGAAAAGCUGAGCACAAAGCACCGGCAAAAAAACGUUUCAGACAUUCUUCAGAAGAUAGAGAUAAUAAGCCCAGUCACAAUGAUGUAAAAGAUACGAGUGGAGACAAAAAUGAUGAAGAUACAAGUAACCUCAAAAACGAAAGUUCUGUUGAAGACACAGCUUCUACGUCUAAUACAGAAACCAAGCAAGCCUUUGAUGAAUCUUUCACGAUCACCUUACCAGAAACAAUAUCCUAUCACGAUGAAAACGACUACACAUUGCUCAAAGAGCUGUUCCUCGUAGAAAUGCCACUAGACUUCUUCCAGUUUCAUAAGUGUUUGCAAGAAGAGAAAGAUUUCGAGAAAAUGUUGGCAAGUGUGAACUUAGAACUGAUUGGACCAUUUGAUCUGUUAUUGGGAAAACUGCCAGUUUUAGAUGAUAAAGACUUGUACUUGAUACACUGGAGAUUCUUCUACGAUCCUCCUGAAUUCCAGGCAAUCUUAAAAAAGAAAGGCAAGAGUGAGUACCAUAUUGGAUACUUCAGAGACGAGCCGGACGCAGCCCCAGUGUUCCUGGCUAGCAGUGACAGUGCCAAGGGCUGCCACAUUACUCCCAUAGCUGAAAACAUCUUUGCGACAGUAUACUUAUAUUUACAAAAUGAGAAGAAAACAUCACCAUUUGUGUCUGCAGCGUGUCAAAAACUUAUGGAUAAAGUAAAGCACUGGGCAGAGACGCAUAAAUACUCCCUUGAGGAGUACAAUAUGAAGAAGAGACUGAUGCAGUCAGUGACUAAGACAUUCCACGGUGCUGGCAUUGUGGUGCCUUUCAACAAGAAAACUGAACUUGGGUAUAGGAAACUUGUCCAAACUGAUGCAAACCUAAAGAAACUAUUCGCAAAAUUGGAAUCAGCGAAGUCUCAAAGAGAUAAAGAUAAAUUGUUAUCGGAGAUCCAGCCAGUGAUAACAUACGCCAGCAUAGCAGUGGACGAGUGCGACUUCGGCACCGGCCUGGAGGCUGGUAUCGACCUGUUCUGUUCGGGACUCAAGGAACUGCAGCACAGUGCCUUAAGCAGCCUGCAAGCAGUGUAUACGUUACUAAACAGAGAAGCUUUUAGUAAAAUUAUUCAGGCGCAUAUUAAAUAUCGUCGCAAAGGCCCUAACAUGUCGCUAAUGAAUAAGUAACUUGUUCAACAAAAUUAUGUAAAUUAUAUAUUUAUUUUUGCUACUAACACUUUAAAAUGUUGUCUUUGAAAUUAAAGAUGUGGCUUUAUCAAAA